GAGAUGAAAAUAAAAAUUUAGAGGUUAUAUAUUGGGUUGAUUGAUAGGUUCAUAUAAAUCCUAAAUGUGUAAAGAAAAAGCAUGUCAAUAUCAUGAAAUUACACUUGACUAGAGUACCAAGUACGUGACACAGUUUAACACUUGUAAUUAAAUAAUAACGUGGGAAUAUUUAUAAAUUGUCGCCAUGUUUCACAGCUUUGACGGUCAUAUUUAAAUAAAUUAAUAAACACGUGGUUCAAUAAAUCAAUUGUCAGAGCAACGAUUAAUUUGCUACUCAGUUUGAUUGACCGAUCAACUGAUCUUGCAGUGGCGUUGCAUUCGCUAAUGAUUAAUUACCUUAAGCUAAAUAAAUAAAUAAACGCAGAUGCAUAAUGUAAUUGGAGAUUGAAAAUGAUUUGUCGGGUUGAGUUUAAAGGUUUCCAUGCCACUAUCGAUUGUAGACGCGCGCAUUAGUUUGUCCUAUAUUUCAAAAGCACGAAUCUAAACUCUCAGUUUACUGGUACGUGUCGGCCAACCUGGCCGUCAUUUGUGCUGACCCUUUUUAACGAGCAAUGGGUGGUAUAUUUUGUGAUAAUCAAGACCUAGAUCAGGACCCAGUCAAUCCUCAGCAGAAAGACCAAGAGCAAGGCCAAGACCAAGACCAGUGUCAAGAGCAAAGUUACCAAUUGUCUUAUUUAAAAGACAAUAAAUAUAUAAAUGCAUCAAUAUCGACGAAGACCUCCUCGUCACGAGGGUCCAGUGUCAUCCUCAAGGUGACACUAGUCUAAAUUCGUGAUGCUAAACGUAUCAUCAGAGCUACGGAGUUGCUGCUCACUGCAAGCGACCUUCGGGCCGCCUGAGCAAAGGAAAACGAGACGAUUGAACGGGUUACAAUUACCUCUGCAUCCUCAACAAGUGGCCGGUUGGUUUGUCCUGAUUGGACUGACCUUGAGCACUGGUCUGCUGGUGAUACCGCAGCUGGGACCGGGUCUCCGCGAACCCAUCACUUGUCUUCUAGCUCUGGUCCUUCUGAUCCACGUGCUCGCCCACUUCACGGCCUUGCUCUUGGAUCCAGCAGACCCCAAAGUCCGUCGUCAGCCGACGAACCUCGUGGUCCCUGAGUUCGAUCGUACAAAACACCUCCAUGUUAUUGAAAACGGGCGUUGUCAUCUCUGUAACAUCACCACGAGCUGCAAGCGCACUAAGCACUGCUCGGUUUGCAAUAAAUGCGUACGUAAUUUCGAUCAUCACUGCAUGUGGCUGAACAACUGCAUCGGUGGACGCAAUUACGCGGCAUUCAUUGUCUGCGUUGUUUCAGCGAUCACAGCAGCUCUGACAGUCGUCGGACUAACGAGUGCUGAAGUCACAGCGACCUUCGAGUACUGGAAUAAAAAUUCAACGAUGGACAACAUUACGCUGCCUUUUCUGCCGAUCCAAGGCACCAGCUCACUCGUAGUUAUUUCCGUCGUUGGAAUUUUGUCAGCAAUUGCCGCGGCUCUGUUGAUACACUUGUGUUUCUUUCACGGGUACAUCGCGUGCUUGGGACUAACAACUUACGAGUAUGUGAGAAACAAACGUGAAAAAAACGCGACUAAUAACGCGCUCCAGCACCAGAAUCAACAGAUUAAUAAUGAGGCUGCCAACGCUUUUUGUACGGAAAUGAAUCAAUAUCACUUUUGCAAAACGGUCAGUGCUAAAGAGGGUAAUCAGCCAGAUUCAAAUCAAGUGUUUAUAUGCUCAACUCACACACAGUCGUCGAAUAACGCGAUAAGUAAAGAGAAACGUAACUUUCAUUUGUAUUUUUCUUACGAAACUCACAACGACGCAACGUCGAUUGAAUUGUCAUCGAGAUCAACGCUGGAUGACCAGGUGCUGAGAAGGCCGAGCAUCGAGCAGCCGAUUGAGCUCAAACCUUCAACGCCGUCCCCAGUUUCCUGCUGCUUCUCCAUCAUGAAUCAUCACAACUGGUCCGAGAGGAGGAGCAAGCAGAAAAAGUCUCGCGAGACCGAGGAGAAACCCAUGACUCGCUGCACUACUGUCCGCAGAAUCCAGUCGUUCCUGAGAACGCGGCUCCGAAAAAACCCGCGAGCGCGGGCUCUCGAGACCUCCAGAAGCCGUAAAAAUCGCGUGACUCCCGUCACGAGUCCAGACUCAGACAAGGAACUCCAAGUUCAGACAAUCGCAGUGCCAGUUUCCCCAAAAGAUCCUGAUGCUGUUGUACAGAGACCAGUUAAACUUCCGCCGCUUAAUCUUCCGUCCAGACGCAGCCAGACGUUGAAUGGAUCCAUCGAUGGGUUGGAUUCUCUGGCAGCCUCCAGCGAAGUUAUUUUUGCGCUGCCUGUUGUAAAAAGAACCCAGCAUCGGAUUCGCCGUCCGUCGCUCCAUCGCCGGCCCAGGUUCAAAAUGAGCCCCCAUAUCACGCAAUCCGCCCAAUUGUCGCCGAUUCCCGAGUCGGAAUUGUCAAAACCGGCCUCGCCGCGUUCGCCGCAGCUCAACCACUUUUCCUUUCCUCCGACUUCAACCGACUAAUCUUUUUAAAACUUUUACAAACAAGAGCUUACUGUACCAUAAGUGAUGAUAGUGUCAUUGGAUUUAUUUUUUUAGCAGCACGUUGACGAAACGAGCAACGAAUAGAAAGUUAUUUCCAUCCGUCCUGCUAAGUCCUAACUCACCAUCAUUCAAAUUUACUGAUCAUGUGUAAAUAUCGUACAUAUCCUCGCUAUAAACUCCAUUUAAAUAAUAAUCAAAGGGAAUAAAUGAUUACUGCUAACUGAUAACUGAUAACUGGUAAAAAAAAAAUAAACUCGCUGUUAUUUAAAAGCUAAUAGUUCAAUCCCCUCAGUACCUGGUAGAGACUGGUACCUAAAGGGGAACAGAAGUAAACGAGUGAUUGUCAAGCCGUACAUCCUCUGCUAUCCUCAAAACGAAUCUCGUUAUAAUCGCGUGACAAAAUACUUUGUACUUUGUAGCGUGCGUGUAAUGGCAGUCACGUAAUGUGUAGCCUGAUAAUAGAGUAGGCUGGCUGGUUGAAAUGGUUUUGAAUAAAUAAACAAGUUUAUGAAAAUCCAUUUUUUAUUGUAAU